AUGGCUCAGCAAGUUACCCCAGAGAGCCAGCGGCUCUCCGCUUACGCCUCUGCUACUCUUCCUCCUUACCCUGGUCCCGCUGUAAACCAGGCUAUCGGUAACGGCACUGGAGCAGCUACGGAGCAAGCCUUUCGCCAAGUUCCAGUCCCAUUUCGUUCUGGAGGAGUCUUUGGAAGCGACUUUCCUUCCUGGCUCACUAACCCACUCCGGGUUGGCCAAGCUCAUACUCCGCUCACACCAGAGCCGGCGGCCUUUCAUCACCAGGGCGACACCCAGUACUCGCCUAUGUGGCCUCAUGAGAUCAUACGUCCAGCGAAUCCCCAGCCGACCAUCUACGAUGCUUCGAAUGGUAUGCCUGGCCAUGUUGCUUCUUCCUUCACUGGGGCUUUUCAGCCAGAUGUCUCGACUCGGGGUGCAAAUGGUCCCGAUUUCGACAUUCUCAGAAACGCGUGGGACAAUGCUCGAGCUUCCGCUACCUUGUAUCCAUCCCCCGUUGCUUCUGGCAGACUGCCCAUUACCUAUUCGACGGAUCGCCUCUCAUCGGUUGGAGUUUCGACUCCUCCGCCGCAGGGAUCGGACUCUCAGUCUUCGCUCAUCCGGUAUCCUUCUCAGGCAGCACACAGCCCGGAGAUAUAUACCCCGGUGGAAGCCCCCAUGUGGAACGCAUUCCAAGAUCCAAGCAAAAUGCCCCAGUGGAUUGGGAAGACACCAGACAACCCCGCAGCCCUGACUCUGGCCCCCGCCACCAAGCGGCCUUCUCAGGCUGCAUCUCCAGUUUCGCGAAGCGGAUUCCGACCCAUGGCUGCUGUGUCUUGCAACAAACGAGCUACUCGAAAUGGCACUAGCCAAGCUGUUGCCAUUGCUGACCACGCUGCCUUCUCCAGCAACUAUCGUGGCGAACACAGCGCUCGGAAUGCAAGCGUCCGGAAUCUCAAGCCCGGGGAAAAUUGCGCUCUUUGGCUGACGAACCUCCCGCCGGAUUGCACCUACCAUGAACUUCUCGGCACGAUUCGAAACUGCGGUCGAAUUUGGUGCGCCGUCAUCAACAAGCCCGACUAUGUGAGACACGUCACCGCUGCAGCCAAGAUCGUUUUCUUCAACCCCCGCCCGGCCCAGACGUUCCUGGGCACUUCGUUGUUCCGCGGAGUGACCAUUCGUAACCACAGAAUCAAGGUUACUGAGAACCGUGUCAAGUACAAGGAAGAGCCCAUGACAGGCAGCGAGUCUCGGGUUCUCAUCAUCACUGGAAGCUCAAAGUUCGUCAAUGAGAAGGCCCUGACCGAGUUCUUUCGACAGCGGUUUGUUUUCGAGGUUGACGAAGUCCUCACCCUCAUCCAUGCUGAGCAGCGCACGGUUCUUGAGUACAAGUUUGGCAGUUUCCGAUGCCAGGCGCAUAUGGGCAAGAUGGCUCUGGAGAAGGACAGGCCCGAGGGUCUGGAGAAGGUGGAGUAUGGAGAGGACCCUUGCGAGGUUGGUGAGACCAUGUCUUCGUAUGGAGUGGCGGGUUACAGAAUUCAGGGCCGCUGA